AUGGUCUCUUAUGCAUUGAUCAUUAUUGAAGAAACUUUAGAUCCGAAUGAGCCUUCCAAGUUUUCAAAUGCUAUAUCUCGUGAGGAUGCAGACAAGUGGCUAGUUGUUAUGGAGGAGGAAAUUAAAUCUCUCCAUAAAAAUCAAACUUGGGAGCUGUUAGAGGCUCCUAAAGGACAGAAAGUCAUUGACUCCAAGUGAGUUUUCAAGAAGAAAGGAGGCACUCUAAACUCUGAUGAUGUUAGAUACAGAACACGAUUAGUUGCAAAAAGUUACAGUCAGGUCAAAGGUAUUGAUUAUAAUGAUAUCUUUUCUCCUAUCAUUAAGCAUAAUUAUAUAUGUGUUCUAUUAUCUAUUGUUGCAUCAUAUAAUUUAGAGUUAGAACAGAUGAAUGUUAAAAUAGUUUUUCUUCAUGGUAAUUUUGAAGAACAUAUUUAGAUGUAGCAACUAGAAAGCUUUCUUGUUGAAGGAAAAGAGAAAUAUGUUUAUUUGUUGAAGAAAUCUUUGUAUAAUCUCAAACAAUCUCCACAAUAGUGAUAUAAGAGAUUUGAUGUAUUUAUGACACAACAUGAAUUCUCUCGUAGUAAAUUUGACAAUCAUGUUUACUUUAAAAAGUUGUCAAAUACUUUUUUUCUUUAUUUACUACUUUAUGUUGACGAUAUGUUGAUCGCAACAAAAGAUAUAUUUGAAAUUAAUAAAUUAAAAACUUUAUUCAACAGUGAGUUUGAGCUGAAAGAUUUAGGAGCAACCAAGAAAAUUCUCGAAAUGGAGAUCUAUAGAAGUUGAAUUAAAGGUAAGCUAUACUUAUCCCAAGUUAAGUGCAUUGAGAAAGUACUUAAGCAUUUUAAUAUGUGGGAUGCUAAGCCUAUUUAUACUCUAUUUGCUGCUCAUUUCAAGCUUUUAAAUUCUCUAUCACCAUAGUCCCCAACAGAUGAAAAUUUUAUGUCACAUGUUCCAUACUUUAGUGCUGAAAGUAACAUGAUGUAUAGGAUGAUAUGCACUCAUCUUGAUAUAUCACAUGCAAUCAGUGUAGUUAGUCAUUAUAUGACUAAUCCAAAUAAAACACAUUGGCAUAUUGUUAAGUAAAUUUUCAAGUACUUGAGGGGUAUUAUUGAUAUAUAUGUUUACAAUUUGGGAGAACAAGUGAUACCUUGAUUGGAUUUACGGAUUCAGAUUUUAUAAGAGAUCUGGAUAAAUGAAGGUUACUAAUUGAUUAUAUAUUUUCAAUUAAUAGAUGUGGUGUUAGUUGGAAAGCUUCCCUACAACUUACUGUUGCUCUGUCCACAAUAGAGGCAGAAUUUAUGACACUUAUAAGGCAUUAAAGGAAGCUAUAUGGUUAAGAGGUUUAUUCUUUGAAUUAUGUUCAUGUCAAGCUUCAAUUGUUGUCCAUUGUGAUAGCUAGAGUGUUAUUCAUUUGGAUCAAAGAUCAGAUGUAUCACAAAAAGAUAACACAUAUUGACGUCAAGUAUCAUUUUAUUCAUGAUAUAAUUUUCUCAAGUGAAAUUAGUCUGCAAAAGAUUGGUACUAAAGACAAACCAACUGAUAUGCUAAUAAAACCUCUUCUCAUUUCAAAGUUCCAACAUUGUUUGGACCUGAUUAGAGUUCACACCACUUAA